GAGCCUGAGGAUGAUGCCCCACAACCUCCUCCCCUGCCCAAACAUUACACGAGGGUUAAAACAUGCAAAAUUGGUGAUUGACAUGGAAUAUGAGCUUCGUGCACUAUGGGCUCAAAUUUUGGAGAAAUCUUCAUUUUCGGUUAACCUUGAAAAAGAGGAAACAAGUUCAUUGCUACCAGUGGAAAUGGUUGAACAUCUUAGGAAGGGAAUUGGAUCUACAGGACAGAUGGUGCAUGUUGAAGAUAUUGGUACCAGGAAAGCCACUUACAUGGAAAUCCCAAAUCAACUCUCAGAAAACUUGAGAUCUGCACUUAAAUCUAUGGGAAUUGCUAAAUUGUAUAGUCACCAGGCAGUGUCUAUUCAAGCCUCCCUUGCUGGGAAGAAUGUUGUUGUGGCAACAAUGACAUCCAGUGGGAAAUCUCUUUGCUAUAAUCUGCCAGUUCUUGAAGUCUUGUCGCAGAAUUUGUUUUCAUGUGCUUUGUAUUUAUUUCCAACAAAGGCCUUAGCUCAAGAUCAACUUAGAGCUUUGUUAGAUAUGACAAAAGGAAUUGAUGCUAGCUUAAAUAUUGGUAUAUAUGAUGGUGACACUUCUCAGAAGGGGAGGACAUGGCUACGUGAUAAUGCUAGACUGGUAAUUUAGCAAGUUCUGGUUGGCUCAUACGGGGCAGUUUUCUUAGGCUGGCUGGGACACCUAAAUUUCUAGGACUCUUGUCUACUUGCAUGCAAUUGAUCACAAAUCCAGACAUGUUACACAUAUCAAUCUUGCCACACCAUGAAAGAUUUAGACGGAUUUUAUCAAAUCUUAGGUUUGUGAUCAUUGAUGAAGCCCAUGCUUAAGAGGGCGCAUUUGGAUGUCACACUGCUCUUGUAAUAAGGAGACUUCGUCGACUCUGUUCGCAUGUAUAUGGAAGUGAUCCUUCUUUUGUAUUUUGUACUGCAACUUCUGCAAAUCCGCUUGAGCAUUGUAUGUCCACUUUUUAACGUUUCGUGCCUCUUUGUGGAAAUGGUUCAGCAUGGACUUCGUUGCAUUUCUUUUUGUAAAUCGCGUAAACUUUGUGAAGUUGUUCUAAGCUAUACGUAUUUGUAAGGAUUUACAAUCAUUAAUUAUUAUUAUUAUU